AUGUCGUUCACCCCUGCCGGUUCUACAACUCCAAGCGCCUCCCGCCUGGCUGAGGGGAAGGCUCAGGGCUGUCCCGCCGCUCGGGCGGCGCUGCGGCUGCGGCGUCUCCUGAGGGGCCGGGCCGGGCUCUGCCCUGAGCUCCGCGAGAUCGCAGCCCUCAGGCCGGCGGGGCCUCCGCUGUCCUUCAGCCGGGCAAUCCCAGCCCUCAGGCCGGCGGAGCCUCCGCUGUCCUUCAGCCGGGCAAUCCCAGCCCUCAGGCCGGCGGGGCCUCCGCUGUCCUUCAGCCGGGCAAUCCCAGCCCUCAGGCCGGCGGGGCCUCCGCUGUCCUUCAGCCGGUUGUCGUUAGCUGCCCAGAAACAGAGCUCGUUUCAGGUUUCCCCACCAGAGAUGGUGUUUCAGAGCACCGUUGCUCAUGAGGUUUAUGAGAUGGCGCUGUCUCUCAUUAAUAAGAACAAGUUUCCUCAGGUGGUGAAGAUCUCCAUGGAGAGCUCACCUUACUUCCAGCUCAUGAGCUCCAACGACGCGUACCGUGUCGUGCUGCCGGGCGCCACCGUCCCUGUGCGCGUCCGCUUCAGCCCCGACGAGAGCAAGGAUUAUUGCCAUGAGUUCGUCUGCAUCACUGCCAGGGAAAGGAUAGUUGUGCCAAUUCGGGCCAUCGGUGCCCGAGCUGUGCUGGACCUCCCUGCCCAGCUGGACUUCUCAGAGUGUCCAGUCAAGGUCAGCACCCAGAAGACUCUGCUGAUCUGCAACACUGGUAACCUGGAAGCUCGUUACCAGCUGAGCACCCAGAGUCCUUUCUCCGUGGUGCCAACCGCAGGAACUCUGGGUGCUGGGGACACCGUGCAGGUGACAGUGACAUUUCACCCACUGACCAACGGUGACCAUUGCAGCCUCUUGAGCUGCAACACAGGUGAAGAAAGAAUCCACACAAAGCUCCACGGAGAAGCUGUAGAUGUCAACGUUGGGUUGAGCACAAAUUCUGUGGAGGCUGACAAGACUUUCAUCACCAUGUCAAGCCACAGAACCCUGUUCAUUGAUAACAGGAGUAACAUCACAGCCCACUUCCAGUGGAAGGCUUUUCCUACUGUGGAAGAUGAGAAUAAAGAGAAGAGGAGGCAGCGUCCUUUGCUGCACCCACCGAGUGAGGCGAGGCUGGAAAAAUUCACGGAGGAGAAAAAAAUGGAGAAGGAGAAGGGCUCUUAUGAAGAUCGCAGUGCCCUCCUGAGCAGCAUGGUCCAGGAGAAGAUGGCAAAGGUGCAAGAAGACUCCAUGCUGUUCUCCGAUGACAUUUUUUUCAUUGAGCCAAUGGAGGGAGAAAUUGGGCCCAAUUGUUCGGCUGAAAUCAAGGUGACCUUCAAACCCCUAGAGGCACUGGGGUACCAAAGUAUGGCUUACUGCAACAUCUCAGGCCGUGAGAGCAGGCUGCCCUUGCACCUCAGAGGGGAAGGCCAAGGACCCUUGAUUGAAGUCAGCUCUCCUACACUGAACCUUGGGAAUGUUCUUGUCAACACCCCCCAUGUCUCUAAGGUGAAGCUGAUAAACCAAGGAGUUCUUGAUGGUCCCUUCACCUACAUCCCUUCAACCACAGAUGUAGGCUCCCUCUUCAAGUUUGAGCCCGAGGAGGGCAUCAUUGCAGCAGGUGGGAGCCAGACUCUUCAGAUCUCCUUCCAUAGCACCGUGCUGGGGAGCUUUGAGGAGGAGUUCCAGUUCAGUGUGGCUGGAUCUCCUAUGCCUGCUGUCCUGACCAUCAAGGGCAGCGUCACCGCACCGAGUUUAGAGUUCGAUGUCGAUGAGAUCAACUUCGGUGAAAUCUCCUUUGGCUUUCCCUACACGCGGUGCUGCCGCCUCACCAACUGCUCCCCGGUGCCCCUGAGGUUCAAGCUCCGCAUGUCGGACGAUGGCACGCAGCCGGCUGUGGACAGCAUGGAUCAAAUACGCAAGGAAGGUGACCCAUCCUGGAAGGAGGGAAUUCAUUUCUAUCUGGAGCCCAGGGAGUUCACCAUGAAUCCCAGCCAAGGCACCAUCCUCCCCCAGGGACACCAGGACAUCGAGGUGACCCUGUGCUCCAACACCGUGAUGGAUUUCUACCGGCGAAUGCUGGUGGACCUGGAGGGUUUUGGCAAGGGAAUGUCAGCACUGGUCAUCACAGCCAGGUGUCUUGUUCCGAGGCUGCGGGUGUACCCUGAAAUCCUGCUCUACGAUGAGUGCCACCCGAAUGUGCCCUACGAGAGGAAGUUCCUCAUUGCAAAUGACACCGACCUUCCUGGCUGCUAUGGGCUCAUUCCCCAGAAACGCAAGGACGACUCUCCCGUGCUCUACUCCAGCCCCAAGCCCUGUGGGAUUGUCCAGCCUCACAGCUUUGCAGAGAUCCCAGUUACAAUUGAAGUCCAAACACUGGACAAGCAUUGCACCAACGUUCUUAUCGGCGUGUUCGGGGAUGAGAGAAACCCCCUGGCUCGCAAACCCCACUGCUGUGCCAUUGAACCCAGCAAAGGAGUGAUCCCUGCUGAGGGUGAGGUGUCUGUGACUGUCACAGCAACGCUGGAUGACACGGGGCUUUUUUCUGUCCCUGUCCGGCUGUUCUUUGGGAGCAACUUUUGCACCGCCUUCUGGCUGGUGGCUUUGAGCACUGGCACCACAAUUGUCAUAGACAAGCCAUUCAGCCCAGAGCUCAACCUGGGAUACCAAUUCAGCCUCAUACCCUGUAUUCAUCAGUUCAAAGUAACAAACAGGGGCCACCAUUUCCAUCGGCUCUUCUGGAGUGUGGAAUGCUCCAGCCCAUCUGAGCAGGAGGGCCAGAGUGUCUCAGCCCCCAGCAGCCCUGGGGAUGAUUCCCAGGGCCCCAAACGUGCCAGCCCCGUGUUUGGGCUGGAGCCACUGUCGAUGGACCUGCAGCCAGGCCAGUCUGAGGACAUGGUGCUGCGAGGCUUCUCCCGCAUCCCACAGGAGGUGCAGGAUUAUGUGAUGUGUGAAGCUGUCAGUAUGAUAACCAACAGGACAGAGAAGAUAAUAGAGACAGUCCUUACCUGCAAGUUUAUUCACCCCUCUAUAGAAAUGUCAGCCACACACUUCUCUUUCCGGGUGAACAAGAAACCCAGUGAUGUCCUGAGGCUGAAGUACCAGCCUUUGGCUUUAAAAAACACCUGCAUGCUGCCACUGGACCUCAUGCUGGACUUGGAGCGGCCGUUCCUGGUCUGUGAUAAGGAGCAGCAGCCCCUCCCAGAUGGCCAGCCUGUGAGAGUGGAUGUAGGGGAGACCUGUCAUCUCUACAUCGUGUUUGACCCAGCUUAUGAACUGGAUUUUAAGACCUGGAAAAAAGAGAAGGUUCUGAAUAUAAACUUGGUCAGGGGCCAUCCUUUUGUGGAGCGCAUCAUCCUGUGGGGAGAAGUGCACUUUCCAAAUCUCCAGAUGCAGCCCAGCUCCCUGGAGUUUGGCUGCAUCGUGGCUGGUGCUGAAGAAGUGCGUUCCCUGGAGAUGACCAACUGCAGCCCACUGCCCGUCCAGUACCGCUGGUCAUUCCACUCCAAGAGCCAGGUUUACAGGUUGAGGUGUUCAUGCCUGUCCUCUGUAGUUGCACAGUGCAAGCAGUUGCAGCUGCUGCAGCACCUCAGUGUCAUCCCUGGGCUGCCCUUAGAACAGACCUGCUCCAGCCUGGAUUGGGAAGGGCUGGAUCCAACCAUUUCUCAGUUCAGUGUGCCAGCACCCACCCAGGGGCUGCAUCCUGGCCAGGAGCUGCUGGUGCAGGUGCCAGCAGAAACUCAUGGACGGUACUACAUCCCACUAGGGUUGGUGGGAACCAUCUCCCCCACAGAUGUACUGCACACUCCCCUGGAAGCAGAGGAGGUUUUCAGUAUCCUGCCACUGUCUGGUGUGCUGCAGCCAGGAGAGAGCCAGCAGGUCUCCUUCACCUUCUGUAGCCAUUUCAACACCAUCUCCGAUGUCACGGCGCUGUGCCACGUGGAGGGAGGCCCCACCUACGAGGUGGUGCUGACUGGGGAGACUGCAUGCAUCAGCUACUCCGUGAGCCCCCGGGAGACCAACUGUGGCUCUCAGAUGUUUAAUGAAAUUCAUCACAGCAAGGUCACCCUGGAGAACACUGGCAAGAUUGAAUUCAACUGGGUGCUAAAGCCUAGCCCUGCAGACCAGCGUCUGCCUGGUGUGUUUCUGGUCAACCCCACCACUGGCUCUGUUGCACCUGGUGAGAAGCAAGUGCUGGAAUUCUCUUACAUGCCUGGAUUUCCAGGAGCCUUCAGCAGGACUUAUCAGCUUCAAGUGGGUGACCUGGAACCAGAAAAUAUCUUCCUGAAAGGAGAGGCAUCCUUUCCUAUGAUCACUUUGAACCUGCCCUGGAACAUCAAAGGAAAAGAAACACAUGAGAAGCCUCUGACACAGCUCAUGAAACCCCUGCAACAAUACAGUCAGAGGAAUAAAUCAGCUGUUCAGAAGAAGACUCAGACCCCAAAAAUUGAGACUCCAAAGAGUCUGAUUCCGAAGACUCAGGACCUGCAGCCCAGCAUCCUUGACUCUGGCAUUGUACCAAACAGUCAGCUGCAGAUAAACAUGGUGAGGAAGCUGAUAGAGAAGGCUGCUCUGGAGCUGCAGGAAAAGCUCACAUCCCAGCCCCCGAAGAGCAGCUUCCCUGACAAGGAGCUGUGCCAGAGCCUUGUCAAAGUUGCGCUGCCCGAGUAUGUCCUGGACAUGGGCACUGUCCGGAAGGGUUUCACUGAGAGAAGCACUCUGGAGAUCACCAACCAUGGGCAGAUCCCAGUGUCUUUCCAGGUCAAUGUAUCUGUCCUGGAGGACACAGGUUUCAGUGUGGACCUGGACGAGGUGGAGGGCCUGCCCCACAGCUACAUCAAGAAAUUUGACGUGCGCUUUGAAAGUGCGCGGCGGCCACGGGGGGAUGUGGAUGUGCUGCUGCCCAUAGAGGUGACAAAAGGCCCCACAUAUAACAUCCAUCUUCAUGCCAAUGUGUCUGAACUGUCAAUCGAACUUUCCAAGAACACUCUGCACUACUCUGCUGUCGUGGUUGGGCAGUGCAAGGUUGAGACAGUCCAUCUCUACAACUGGUUCCGAGUACCCUGCAGAUGGUCCGUAAAGCCUGUUCAGAAGGUAAAGCACAGCACCGUGUCAGUGUCUCAGAGCACAAGGAGACCUCACAUGAUUGGUUUCUGUGCCCAGAGCAAUCAGUGCAAAUACAUGACACCAGCCGUACAUCAGAAGCAGCAGGCGCUGGAGGAUGAGCCCUGUCCCUUUGAAGUGAAGCCCCCCAGAGGAACUCUUGGUGCAGGAAGGUGCCAGAAUCUGCAAAUCAAAUUUACACCCAAGGAAGAGAGGUCUUACAGUAAUGAGCUGGAGCUUAACAUUUAUGGGAGCAGCAAUCGCUUAAAGCUGUACCUCUCAGGACAAGGUCUGGAGCCACGGUUGGAGUUCAGACCCCCAGCACUAGAGAUAGGAUGGAUGCUGGUGGACAGCGAUGGGGUGGAAGCCACAGUGGUGGUGAAGAACCCGUGCAAAUUUCCCAUUGAGUUUUACGCCCUGGACUUUGAUGAGCAGUACCUUGAGAAGGAGAAGGUGAGAAGGCAGAUCCUGCGGAUGGCAGUGAGGUCUGAGGACCAUGAAGCACAGAAGAGGCUGAAGGCAGAGCUCAAGGCCAGGGCUGAGGCUGAAGCCAAGGCCAUGGGCAAGGCAGCAGCAGCACAUCACAGGACUGUCCUGUUCAAUCCUGAGUCCCUGCUGAAAGAGACUGGGAGUCACCGAGGGAUGGUUGUCAUCGUCCAUGGGCCACCCCGGGCAGGAAAGACAGAGAUAGCAGCAGGCCUGUGUCAGUAUUACGACGCUGCUUGCGUGUCCAUUGACACCGCGGUGAAAGAGGCCAUGGCCAAGGACGGGAGCCCAGCGGGGCUCCGUGCCCGGGAGCUCUGCACCCAGGCUGCCAUGGAGCAAAAAGGUAAACACAAAAGUGAUGCUGGUAAAAGGCCUCAGCUCACUGCUCACAGGAAGAAUAAAGAAGCCUCUGGGGAAAAAUUCAACAAGAAGUAUGCCAAAGGCAAGAACCCUCCAGCACAAAAGAAGAAGGAGCCAGCCAACAGACCCAACAUAAAGGACACCAAGUUCACAGUUUCCACUGCUCCUGCACCCCAGCAGCUGAACAUCAUCAGCAGUCGUGGGGAAGAGCUGAACUGCUUGAGCUGUGUGCUGCCCGAGGAGCUGCUGGUGGACAUCCUCAGUGAGAGGCUGAAGCAGAAAGACUGCUCCAAGGGAGUGAUCUUUGAUGGCUUGGAGAGCCUCUUUACAAGCAGCCUGGAGUCUUCUCUGCUCUGUGUACUCAAAGCUGUCAAGAACCGGCGUCAUAUCUACAUGGUGUACCUGCAUCAGGAUUAUGCUUCUUGGAAAGCCAAGGACAAAGCUAAAAGAAAGAAGGAAGCAGAAAGAGAGAAGGAAGCUCUGCAGAGGAACACAGAACACAUCUUGCAAAUGGAUGAGGAUGAGUAUGAUGCCCUCCCUGAGGAGAAGAAAGCAGAAAUGGAUAAAAUAUUACAGGAAAGGAAGAGUACACAGACGGAGGGGGAGCUGAAGCAGCCGGCUCAAAAGCCUGAGGAGGAGGCAAAAGCCUUAGUGGAGGAAGAGAGGCAGAAGGAGGAAAAGAAGAAUGUCUCCUUGGAGAGGCAGCCUGCAAAACCAGAGAAGGACACCAAAGCCCCAGAGAAGGGGGCACCCAAACCCCCACAGAAGAGGGGAACCAAAGCCUCUGGGAAGGGGGAAACCAAAGUCCUGGAGGACCCAGAUGAGAACUUGAUCCUGAGGUUUCAGAUCUAUGAGUCAUCACAGCAGGACAUCGCACAGGUUUUCUCCUACUGGGACCGGGUUCAGGGUACCGUGCAGUUACCUAUCAUCCAAAAGGGAAACAAGUCCCAGCCAGCAGCUGGAAACAAAGGUCAGAGGACCAGAAGGCCUUGGGAGAAGGUGAAGAAGAAGCUUAAACCAAAACAUGAAGGCCGAAGCAGUCUUCAGUCAUCUCAGCCGGGGACGCAAAGCAAAGUUGCAGAAGGAGCAGUCAGAGACAAGCGUGUCGGGGUGCCGUGCUUGGACAUCCAGGUCACAGAUCCAAAGGCCAUGAUUGGAGAGAUCCUGAGGGAUGGGAAGCUGCCAACAGAAGAACAGCUGCUGAAAGAUCUGGGACUGCAUCCUGACAGCCCUCCCCUUCCCCCUGGUGCUGCGCUCUCCACAGUCGAGUACCCAGAGGAGAGGCUGGGCUCUGCAGGGCGUGUGGAGCCCUUCACCAUUGUGGCACCAGGAGGUGCUGCCAUGGGAGACAAUCUGGCCAAGGCCCCAGAUGCGAAGGGCAGUUCUGCUGAGAGGCGGCCAAAGACGGGUAAAGUGGUCAGCAGAGUCAGGUCUGCAAAGAUCUCCACACAGAGAACAGAAAGUCCCCGGGAUUCCUCUGCAACAAGAUCCAGAAGUACUUUGAAAGUGCUGGAAAGACCCUCAACCCCUGCAGCAUUCCUCAGGCUGAAACGGUACCGGUGGAAAGUGCCUGCCCAGGGUGAGGUGGAACUGAAGGUCCACUUCUUCGCCAAAAAGCCAGGGAAGUUUGAGCAGACACUGAGGUUAGAGCUCGUGCUGUCCAAGCGCCAGUACGAGCUGCCCUGCAGUGUCACCGGCCUCUACCCCAGCAUCAGCCAGAACCCUCGGCUGGUGUUUCCACACUGGAGGGAGACCAUGGAGGAGGAUGAAAUCAUCUUCAAGGAAUAUGUUGAGAGCACAAAGCAAUUCCACUUUGGACCGCUGGUGUGUGGGAAAUCAAGACAGUGGUACAAGGCGCAGAACUGUCCCAGCAACUCGGAGAAUCUGACCAUCCUCAACAACUCCCCCACGGAUGCAGAGGUCCAGUUCUCCUUUGAGAAUGAUGGGGAAGAGACAUUCCUUCUGAGCCCUCGCCGCAUGACCCUGAAACCAAAGGAGAAGCGGGAGCUGACCAUUUGGGCAUACCCCACUUGCCCUGGCUUCCUGGAAGACAAACUCAUCUGCAGCAUUGGGAAGAACCCGGAGCCAGUGGUCUUCAGCCUGUGCUGCCAUGGGGUGGACAUGAAGCUGGAGGUCAGCCCCCUGCAGCUGUCUUUUGACAAGCUGCUUCUGCACAGGACUGACAGCAGGACCUUGGUCCUGAAAAACAACACCCUACUGCCCAUGGCCUGGCAGCUCAGUGGGCUGGAUGACCUUGUUGAGGACUUCUCCUUAUCACAAGAUAAUGGCACCAUUGAUCCCCGCUCAGAGCUUGAAGUGACACUGCAUUUCACGGCUGAGCACAUUGGCAACAUUGAGAAGAUCCUCCGACUAGAGGUUUCAGAUACAGAAAACAUCCUGGGGAAUGUUCAGGCUGAAAACAUCGAAAUCUCUGCAGAGGUCUAUGAUGUUUCUCUGAGCAUUGACAUGCCUGAAGGUCCAGAUGGAAGCUUGGAAUUUGGAACCAUUAAUGUCCUGGAUAACGUGAAGAAAGUCCUGAGUCUACAGAACAAAGGGGUAUACAACAUUGAGUACAGUUUCACACUGAAGGGUGCAGGUCCCGAGAUGCAAGACUUGGCAUCCCACUUCACUGUUGAGCCUCAGUCGGGCGUGCUGAUUGCCUCCCAGCCUGGUGAGAAUGUUGAGAUGCUCUUCCACCCCACGAGUGAAAUCUUCCUCAAGAACAAACCCAUCCUGUACUGCCAGGUGGCAGAUGCCAGCCCAGGUCGAGGACGCCCGGCUGUCGCCAACAUCCCAGUGAGGGUGUCGGCCGAAGCGGAGUACAGCAAGUACAGCAUCGUGCCUGCCUCACCCACCGACUUCGGAGCCAUGGUCAUGGGCACCACGAAGACCAGGAGUGUUGUGGUGAAGAACAUAGGCAUGGCCGAUUUCAAAUUCUGCAUCCGCCAAGCACCUAAGCUUGCAUGUGCAUUGGAAAUCAAAAGUUCAAAGCAAGGGGAAUCUGCUCCAUCAGCUACAGAGCACUCGACAGGAAAGGAAUCAAGCUUCUCGACACAGAGUCACCUCAAUCUUGGCGUGUUCACGGUGUCCCCCUGCUGUGGCUCCAUCCGUCCAUGUGGCCUGCAGGUGAUCACAGUGGAAUGCCUUGCAAGGCAGGAGGGGACAUGUGAGGAGCAUCUCUACAUUGACAUCAUGGGCAGAGACCCCAAGGACAAUCCCCUCGGCAUUCCCUUCACCCUGAUGGCCGAGUCCUGCCUCCCAGCACUUGUUGAGGAUGUCGCGUUAAUCUUCAAGGAGUACCCGAUCUGCAGCAGCACCGACCUCGACUACAAGCUGCAGUUGGUGGAAUGCACGGGCCUGUUCAUCAGAGAUGAGAAUAGAUUCAUCUUCAACAAGGUUCUGGUUGGCCAAGAGGCAGAAGCUCAUUUCAGAAUUUGCAAUGCAGGCCGUCUGCCAUGUGAUGUGGUCCUCUCCAUCCUGCCUGGAGAGGAACAAAUCCCUGUCAGCACCGUUUUCAAUCUGUAUCCUGUCAAGAUGUCCAUUCGUGGCUCAUCCUGUGCCAUUGCUACGGUGACCUUCACCCCGCCAGACAAGCAGAGCUACGACUGCAUCUUCAAGGCUUCCCUUGUCAUCCCAAAAGGCUCUGUGGAAAUUAAACCCCAAAUCCUGACCUUCAUCAUCAGUGGGAAGGGGCAGGAACUGCCGGUGACAGUCGUGCGCCCAAGUGCUCGCAGCAAGAGGGGAACGGCCGUGCUGCGCUUCAAGAGGCUCCAGCUGGAGGAUUCAGAGAUACUCCCCCUGGUCCUCCGUAACAAUGGCACCAAACCUGUCAAGUUUAUGUUACGCCUGGAGGAUGAGCAUGGAGUGUUCUUGUUGAAAGGCAGGGCCUCCACAUUCAAGACAUCCCUCGCUGGAAGUGUGGAAGGGGACUUCGUCAGAAACGAGACCAAGCCCCCAAAGCAGCCUUUCUUCCUUCUGCGUCAUGGGCAAUCGGCACAGUUUAAUGUCAUUUUCAAACCCACCCUGGCUCAACGUCUGGAAGGGAAGAUUGGUCUGUUAGUAGGGGACGUCUGCAUGACCCUAGUAGAGCUGGUGGGUGAAGGCCACAAGGACGAAUUCACCCUCGAUGGAUUAAAGGAAGACACCCAGGAGAGGAAUGCUAAGAGCAGUCUGAGGAAAGACAUCAUUGAUGCUGUCAGAGUCAAUCACAUUGAGUUUGGGCACUGUCCCGUCGGGAAGCGCUGCCGCAGGACCUUCACCAUCACCAACCACACCCUUACGCAGGUCAUGCGCUUUGAGUGGGAGGCAGACACCCCGUUCCAGUUCUCCCCCAAGGUGGGACACCUCCAUCCUGGCUGUGCUAAGGGCAUCACAGUGAUCUUGAAAGCAGAUGUCCCAGCCACCUUCAGAAGGCACCUUGUGAAAUGUAAGGUGACCAAGAUCAACUUUGAGCUGCCACGAAGGAAGGUCCUAGACUGGGACGACCAAAUGUGCAUUGUCACGUGGAAGGAUAUCACAUGGAAAGACCCAGCAGCCAGGUGGCCUAAAAGAGAGAAGGUGGUUGAGCCAGUCCUGGAACCAGCUCACACUGUGCUGGAGGAGAGCAGCCAGGAGGCCGAGGUGUACCUCAGUGCUGUUAUUGCCUACACCCAGUUCAAACUGAGCACGACCAUGGUUGAGUUCAAGGAUACCUUGCCCUUCCAGACAAGGACAGCCACUUUCAGACUAUGCAACACAGGGAAGGUAGCCCUGGAAUACUACUGGGAGGAAGCUGCAGAUAGUGAAGCAGUGAAGAAGCCAUUCGCACCUGCUCUGACACGUCAUUUCCUCUCCUCUGAAACUUUAAGGCGUUGCAGAAAGCUGCUGCAUCAUGCCAUCUACAGCCUGCCACUGUUCUCCAUCAAGCCCUACCACGGCAUCAUCACUCCUGGCCAGAAGCAGGCCUUUCAAGUGCAGUUCUCCCCAAAGUGCGCGGGGACGUUUCAGACCACCCUGCUGUGCAGGUGA